GCCUUCUUGAACUCUGAACCCCCGCGCCUUCACGAGCCCCAUCUCUCUCUUUCUCUCUCCUCUGCUAUUUUUCUAUCUCUAGCAACAUACCUAUGAGUUUGUAUGUGUUUCUUCCAUACAUAUAACAACAAUUCAAUAUAUAUAUAUAUAUAUAUCGGAAUUCUGAAGUGUUGAUCUGAUUUGUGAAAGUUACAAAAGGGAUUACAGAUAUAUAAAUGGCGGCAUACAGAGCCGACGAUGACUAUGAUUACCUGUUCAAGGUUGUACUGAUCGGAGACUCCGGUGUGGGUAAAUCGAAUCUGCUGUCGCGGUUUACCAAGAACGAGUUCAGUCUUGAAUCCAAAUCCACCAUCGGAGUCGAAUUCGCUACUCGGAGUAUUCGAGUCGAUGAUAAGAUCGUCAAGGCUCAGAUUUGGGACACCGCUGGACAAGAAAGAUACCGUGCAAUCACAAGUGCAUACUACCGAGGAGCUGUUGGGGCAUUGCUUGUGUAUGAUGUCACCAGACAUGUCACGUUUGAGAAUGUUGAGAGAUGGUUGAAGGAGCUCCGGGAUCACACAGAUAAUAACAUUGUGAUAAUGCUUGUGGGGAACAAAGCAGACUUGCGCCACCUACGUGCUGUUUCCACCGAGGACGCAAAGGCCUUUGCUGAAAGGGAGACCACUUUCUUCAUGGAGACAUCUGCCCUUGAGUCGUUGAAUGUUGAAAAUGCAUUCACAGAAGUGCUCAGCCAGAUAUAUCGUGUGGUCAGCCGGAAAGCGCUUGAUAUUGGGGAUGACCCUGCAGCCUUGCCUAAAGGGAAAAACAUUAAUGUUGGGACCAAGGAUGAUGUUUCAGCUGUGAAAAAAGUUGGUUGCUGCUCUAGCUAACUGCAGGAGAAAAGGUUUGAUGAGUGAUGGAUUAUAAUCCACUUCUUGCCCCAAAAUUUCAAGAACUCUGCAUUGCUGCAACUAAUGGGUUUUCCUUCGCCUUGCAUUUGCUGUCAUGGUUGCAAUGGUUGGAAUGCUUGAGCUUACCCGAGGUUGGCCCUCAGUUCGGAGUCUUUUUAUGGAGGCAGCAUAUAGAUUCUCCUAUUAUAUAGUACCGUUUUGUUAACAUUAUACGCGAAGUCUUUCCCAUUUGUAUUUUUUUCAUUCGUCAACUGUGAUAUUUUGUAUCGUAUUUGAUUGCAAUACAUUGUCUUGGACAGUACUUGUAUCAGACUGAAUGUUUAGUCUAUUGUUGGCUGUCAUAAUUGAUUCACAAUUGCAUAUAAAA